UAAUGCCUCCUAAAGUCGACCCAAAUGAAGUUAGAUUGAUUAAUAUUAAAGUCUUUGGAGGAGAAGGUGGACCUGCAUCAACUCUUGCUCCUAAAUUGGGUCCUCUUGGACUUGUAAUUAUAAUUGCAUAAAAUAAAAAUAGAAUCCUAAAUAAGUUGGUGAUAAAAUUAUUGCUGAAAGUGGAAAAUGGAAAGGUAUUAGAGUUAUGGUCAAUUUGAGAUGUCAAAAUAGAAAUGCAGAUGUUACAGUCAUUCCUACUUCAAGUGCAUUACUAAUCAAAGAAAUUGGAGUAUAAAAUAUUCAUAAAUUAAUUUAUUAAGGGUUAUGAAAGGGACAGAAAGAAAACAAAAAAUGUUAAACAUAAUGGAAAUUUAACACUCGAAUAAGUCAUUAAAGUUGCUAGAGCUAUUGAAGAUAAAUCUCUUGCUAAAACCUUUACAGGAACAGUCAAAUAAGUAUUAGGUACUGCAUAAUCUCUUGGUGCUACAGUUGAUGGAUAACCAGUUAAAACAAUAAUUGGAAGAAUUAAUUCUGGUGAACUUAAAGUUGAAAAAUGAU